UGCUAGCGCCGCUGUAAAAAUUGCAAAAAUUAUUCAUUGCCAUUAUUUGAUGUGUUAUUACAUUAUUAACAUGUUAUUAGAUGUUAAUUUGAUACACCUCACGAUUAGUUUACCCGAGUGCUGAAUAGUCAUCAGGUUUUUAGCACAAUGAUGAAUUUAUAAGAAACAAGAAAUAAAAUGAGAAGAAGAAUUUGGCAGGCGGCUACACCGGACAUGACGUCACGCUGGUGCCGACAACGCCGGAUGUUUUGCGUAUACAAACACUUGCUCUAUUCCAAAGUCGACAUGACGUCUAAAAGCAUUGAAUGUGCUACGGAUAUGUAUGAAAUACUCACCUCCAAUCUACUGCUGCUGGGAUUCCAUCCUUCAGAUGUUGAGGAAAAGCACAAUAUUAGGUUCAACAGAGAGCUGUUUGAAGUGCCAAAUAGAAAAGCGUUUAAUGUGAUUAUACACUUAAUAUUAUCUCGUCUGGAUGCAGGAAAAGCCAAUGAAACAUUCAGAGAUUGUUGGCCAGUUUAUGACAAAAAACAAGAACAAGUCUUCACUAGAGCUUGCCAACUUUGGAUAAAUGAUAUACGAACAGUUUGUGCUUAUAAUUCUAAGGAAACUCAGUUGCGCCUUCCUACUAUCAAUGCUUCUGCACUACUGUCCCCAUGUGGCAAAAAGAUCUACAUUGUCCUUAUAAUCCUAUCUACAUUCACAUUGUCGAAGCUUCUCAAACCAGAUAGAUGUAAACUACCUGUCCUGACUCCAUCAAAUAGAGCGAUGAAGAAGUCUAUUGAGAAUGCAUUGAUGGCUGAUACCUGUUUACAUCAAGAGAAUUUUUUAAAGAACCAGUACACCUUGCAGGAUAGGCAGAAAGAAUUAAAGGACUUUGCCAGUAAGAGGGGCAUUAUGUUAGCCAAGAGGGAGGAGAUAACUGCAGCUGCGAAGCAUCUAGAAGCUGACAUUUCCACCUUUGUUUCGGCUGACGAUGAAAUGCCUACUGUGUCAUUGGCAAACUCGCCUAAUGAGUACUUAUCAACUUAUGAGAAUAUAAUCAACCAGGAAGCUGCCAGGACGACAUCGUUCGCUAAUGGUGUGAUUACGCUACAGAAGUAUUUUGGAGUUCUGAGGCCGCACUUUAACCUAGAUGUGCAAAGCCUAGCUAGCCAACAGCCGAAUGUUAAUGGAAUGAAGCAGGGGAUAGAUGAGAUAAACUAUCUCAGCUUGAUUCAGCAACUCAACCAAGCACUGAAAUUAUAUUCACUUCAGCUGAAGAGAGUUGACCUUGCCAGCAUGACUGAUCAGCUUUCACCACUAGAGUCGUUACUGGACGUUCACCAUCAACAACUAAAAAAUGUUCAUUCUGCACGAUUCGGAAUGAGAAAUGAUUUGACCAAUAUGAAGUCAAGCAUUCAAACUUGCUGUAACCAGCUUGAUGGCCAUGGUGUUUACAGUGAUGAUGGGAGUAUUAGCAUGAAACAACUAGGUCAUGAAGGCCUAACUCAACCAACGCCAAUAGAUAAGCUAUUCAUGGCCAACUCAAGCGAGACAUAGUUAGUUCAGUGACAUAUUUAAUUUUGCCAAAAACUGUAAAAACUGCAAAAACUGUGCCCGAUUGCCCUCAAUAGCAUUUCACUCGGUGAGAAUUUACAUAACAUUUGUAAAUAUAUGUAUGCUGUUUUACAAAUGUAUGUAUGAACGGCGUUUUAGAUUUAUUAGUCCAGUGACUAUUAUGAUUCUAAUUAGUGAAAAGGAUUAUUGUUCAACAUCGGAAACCAUAUAUGGCACUAUAUAUGCCAACAUUGUAUUUUUUCUAGCCCUUGUAUAAAUAAUUUCUGCUUAAUUGUAAAAACUGUAAAUCUUAAUUAGUGUGACCUACGUACGCGUGUGUGUGUGUGUGUGUGUGUGUGUGUGUGUGUGUGUGUGUGUGUGUGUGCGUGGGUGCGUGCGUGCGUGCGUGUAAUAAUCGGGAGCACAUGAUAUAGAAAGAGUAUGAGUCGCUCGAAACAUGAAAAUUACAUUAGACGUAGGCCUACCUUUGUAUAUCCAAAUUGUUCACACAUUUACAUUUUCAAUUUUCUAUCUAUGCCUAUUCAUAUUUUGGAAAUAUAGUUUCGAAGGUCAUUCAUAUAUCUAGGCGUGGGAGUGGAACAUUUUAAUUAUAUGGGAAUUGGGAAAUACGUAUACCUGAUGAAUUUUUCGUGAUUCGGGAAUAAAAGUCAACCGAUGCACGGGAAUGGUGAAAUUACUGGUUUAUUUAGCCGGAAACUGCGAAAUGGUAUAUUUUUCACCUAGGAACUUGUAAAUGUACCCCACUCCCAAGAGUACAGUCGCAUGUUUUUCUAAUUCCUAACGGUGCUGUCAUGAUGAAUUUAUCCGUUAUAAUCCGUAAUAAAUCUAGCUUACAUUUUGCUUA